UCUAAUCAUAUCCAUCGAAAAUUCGAUAAUUUAUUAAUAAAAGUCAUAGUAAAUUUGUUAAAAGGGUUCUCAGAUUAAGAAUCUGAUUGAAAUCGUCGUAUCAUGAGCAAUGAAAACUUCUUAUUUCUAUUUCAUAAACAAUUUCCCUUUUACGGAAAGUAAAGACGAUUUUUUGGAAGGAACAUAACCUAUAUUCAGAUGUUUUUAAAUAUUAACAGGCUAAAUCGUUAAGAUAAAAAUGGUGCUCGAAACAGUAGAUCGUUAUGGUGUUCGAAUCGCAACAAUGCACAGUUCGUUCACUUGUAUUUGUAUACCGUUAAUAUUAAUAACUCUCGUUUACACGGAUAAUUUAUAUAAUAUUGGAAAAUAUAAAUCGUUUAGUGUUUUAGCCGCAUUAGUAUUUUCGGAGUGUGUAAAAUUAGCAUGGUGUUACACGAUCAAAGAUGAAACAACCCUGCAUAAAGAUGUGAAACGUUCAAAAAAAUAUGGCAGUAAAAUCAAAUUAAAGGAAAUAUUUAAAUUUAUUUCGGUUAUAAUUGGUAUGACUGGUGUAUAUUUUGUAUUUGCAAUAUUUUUCGGAGCGUCAAUAUUCUCUCAUCACGAGGAAACUUUAAUGUUGUCCGCGUUAAUAACAAUACUCACCGUGUUCCCCGGCUGUAUCCAUUGUGGUGUUGAUGUAACAAUCUCACUGUUGGCUGGUAUGAAACCAUUACCGGGGGAUUUAUUAGCUGAAAUUAUACAACGUAAUAUUCAGUGUACAAUUUUUGGUGCAUGGUUUGGUGCCGUUGUUAUACCAUUGGAUUGGAAUCGACCGUGGCAACAAUGGCCGAUACCAUGUGUUUUAGGUGCUAUUAUUGGAUACACUGUUGCACAUAUAUUUACGUUACUUAGAUUAGUACCUACAAUAGCGAGAUUUUUUACAAAAAAGAAAUAUGUUGUUUAAAAAGAAUACUUUAAUUCUUAU